GAGUUACUGUAAAAACUUGAAUGAAUUAUCAGCAAAGUGAAGAGAAGAGGAGAGGAGUCAUUAUGUCUGUAUGCAUGGAAAUAAGAGACUAACAGAGAGCUGCUUUUGUUUGUUUCAUCGUCAUCAGGAUAUAAAGGCUGUCGUGGAGGGUUUCCAGUCCUGUGUGGGAUGUUAUCGGACUGGUGGAGCGUUGAGGCUGAAGGAGCAUGGUGAGACACCAACCCUUACAGGUCUAUGAGAAGCAGGUCUUUCUGUCCUUUGUCACCGGGGUCUAUGGUUGUCGCUGGAAACGCUACCAGCGCUCCCAAGACGACAGCUCCAAGUGGGAGUGUACAUGGUUCAUCAUCCUGUGUAGCUCAUUCCUUCUGCUCCUCUUCUGGGCUUACUUCUGGCUUGUGGCUCAAAAUGACAUCAACGAGUUCAACAUGUCGGUGUAUAACCGCUCUGGACACUGGAGCGAUGAGACGAUCCCACUCCUGGCAUCCACCACCAUAGGAUUCAGCUACAUCACUUUCUUACUGAUACUUGCUCUUUUCCACAUCUCCCUGGGCCAACAGCUGAACCUCUACUGGGUUCAUAAGAUUGGAGUCCUGGCGACUCUGCUCACCACCAUCUCUGGUAUCGUCUCUGUUGAUGACCUCUGGGCAGACGAGUGGGACAUUCUGCUGGUAUCACUGCAGUCUACAGCACCUUUCCUGCACAUCGGAGCCCUAACAACCUUCACAGCGAUCAGCUGGUUGGUGGCUGGAUAUGUGGUUCGAAGACAACGAUCCACUUUCCAGGUGAUGGUCCUGCUGAUCUACAUCCUCCUCCUCGUAGCUCUAUAUCUAGCUCCACUCAUGUUCACCUGCCCCUGCAUCAUGGACCGCCACAGCCUCAAACCUCGACCUGAUGUCAUCGGCAGACGGGGAGCUCCCAUGCUGGCUCCAGAAAACACCAUGGUGUCCUUCAACCGAGCGCUGCAGCACGGCGCCAGCUCCCUGGAGGCAGAUGUCAGCAUCAGUGUUGAUGGCGUCCCCUUCCUGAUGCGUGACAGCACCCUGAGAAGAACCACAGAUGUCAGUAAAGUUUUCCCAUCCAGACAGUUCGACGACGCCUCAUCCUUCAACUGGACGGAGAUCCGCUCUCUGAACGCAGGGCAGUGGUUUCUGGAGAGCGACCCCUACUGGACAGCAAAGACCUUAACAGGGAGGGACAGAACAAGAAUAGCCAACCAGUCAGUGUGCAGUCUGGUGGAGAUGCUGCGUCUGGCGUCCAGAGCCAACUGCUCGGCCCUACUCGACAUCCGCAGGCCUCCACCUGAUCACCCUCGCCACCGGAGCUGGUUCAUGGACACGCUGUGGGCCGUGCAGAAAGCAGGGAUCUCCCAGAAGAGGGUGAGGACUGUGACGUGGACCCCCGACUCGGACAGGGGGAGAGUGCGAGGGCUACAGCAGGGUACAAAUGAGAAGCUGUCCAUCAAAGAGAUCCGGCAGAGAGGAAUCACCAGCCUGAACCUGCACUACAGCAAGGCCAACCACAAAGACAUAGAGGAGUAUCUGGCCAAUAACGUCAGUGUGACUGUGUACCCGGUGAACGAGCCCUGGCUCUACUCUCUGCUCUGGUGCAGCGGGGUGCCUUCUGUGUCCUCUGAUGCCCCCCAAGUCCUCCGAAAGGUGCCUUACCCCAUCUGGCUCAUGAGCCAGCACGCUUACAACUUCAUCUGGAUCACGUCAGAUCUGGUCUCCCUCUCUGUGGUCUUAGUGAUCUUCUUCUAUCAGAAGUGGAAGAUGAGCGGGAUGCAGAACUAUAACCCAGAACAGAUCGUGCUGAACGCGGUGACACAUCGGACCAGUCGUGAAGUCAACGUCAUGAAGGAGAAGCUCAUUUUCUCAGAUAUUAACAACGGCCUUGGCAGUACAGACGAGCUCUCUCUCUAUCCUGAGAACGGUUAUGCGAGAUAUUCUCGGGGAGGUCACAUCAGAUGAACUCUACUCUCUGCUACAGCUGAAAACGGC